CCUCACUGAAUACAAGAAACGAUUUGACAUAAGGAACAACCGAAUCAUAUUCACACGCAUUUCAAAAUUCGGUUUUGAAUUGCAGGUAAACAGAUCAAUGAACUUAGGAAAUUUUCCUUUUUGAGUAUCACCAUUUGGUUCACAAAGGUUUCCAGUAACUGAUGAGCCCAGCAGUUUGUUUCCAUGGAUAAUAUUACAACAAAGGACAUCCACACCUUAGCAGGAGGAAAAUCAUUCAACUGGCGCGCUAUGUACUUCGCCUAUGCCAUGGUCAUGUUUGCUGUUGUAACUGUUGGAUUCCUUGGAAAUGUGUUAACCCUGAUAAUUCUUCACUAUCGAGAGCACCGCAAGAAAGUCGUGACCCCGCUGAUGACCAACCUAGCAGUUGGAGACAUUCUUAUAGUUAUCGUAGUGUACCCCGUGGCAAUUGCGUCGAAUCUUGUUGACCAACCGCUCAAGGAAGGAUCACUGCGAUGCAAGUGGUCCGCCUUUGCAAAUGGCGCUAUUGGUAUAACCGCUAUCGCGACAUUAGUUGUGAUGAGCGGUGUUAUGUAUUACGGUAUCAAACAGACUUUGCCAAAAGCUAAAAUACAUGCUAAAAAUAUGUUUCUGCUGGUGUUAGGUACGUGGCUAUACGGGAUAUUGCUCAAUCUACCUCCUGUGAUUGGCUGGACCAAGGCUGUACCCGGUAAAGCUGGGAUAAGCUGCGCCCCUGAGUGGACAACUUCUGAGAUGGGUGGCGUAGCGUACAUUGUCUUCGUAUUGGUUUUUGGCUUCUGUCUUCCGCUUACUGUAAUUGGAACGUUUCAUUACAUGAUCUAUAGGGUAAUUCGACGAGUACCUCUGGAAGGAAACCCGAUGAUUCGAGCAUGUCGAAUGAAAUCUAAAAUGAGGCUUGUGCGCAUGACAUCUUUUUCUAUUGCCGCGUUCGUGAUAAGUUGGUUGCCGUAUAGUGUAGUAAGCAUGGUUGCUCUCAUAAAUGGCCGUCACGUGAUUUCAUCCGGGGAAGCGGAAAUUCCUGAACUGAUGGCAAAGGCGUCUGUAAUUUAUAACCCCAUCGUGUAUGCCUUCACAAAUGGUACCUACCGUCCUUCGCUGAAGGGAUUGUUUCUCGGUAGUAAUAGCGUCAUUCGGGUUAAUCCGUCAGUUCUUAGAAACAGUCCAGCGCCGAGUAGUUAUGUGAACUCAGUAAUUAUCAAUCCACAACAAGAGGACACAGCUUUAUAAUGGUAUUUAUUGUUGCAUUCUAAAUCAAGUGCAACACAAAAAACAGAAAGCCGUUCAAGAACUAUCUUAGCGGCAAAAAUGAUGCAUGACAGCGGUCACAAACCUAAAAUAAACCUACAAGAACGCAUGUUAGCGAAAAUAACAAGGCAGUUUCCAGCGCUGACGGGUACGAUGUACAAGUUAUUUAAAUACACGAGUACUUCUUACGCACGGGUCAUAAACAAAUCUAAAACAUUCAUCCCACUUGUUUUAAGGGAACACUAGCUACGGAAGAAAGGAAAGCUGGAUACCAUCAUGAUUAUGAUGUUGAAUGACCAUUCCGUUAACGACACAAUCCACACCAAUAUUGUAAACGCGCCACGUGCUCUUUAGGUUCAAUGCAGCGAAUGCUCUUCAUAUUUCCCACACAGUCUCUCGCAAACCAGAUCGAACCAAAGCUUUCAAACCCUCAAAAGGAGCCGCUCAUCCAAGAAGCAAUGUGUCGCGUUUUUAUUCAAGUAAUAAUAAUAAUAAUAAAUAAUAAUAAUAAACAGUUUUUAACGUGGAGAAACACUCAGCUAGAAG